AAAAAAAUCUCAAAGAUAUUCUAAAGGAGCAUUUUUUAAUCGAUUCUUCUGAUAUUAUCCUAUUAGGUACAUCAGUCCUUUUCCCAUUAUACAAAUUCACAAUGAAAUUACAAAAAAGUAAUAUUGUAAUAGGUGAUUUUUUUGCUUCAUGGCUAGAAUGCAAAAUGGAGCUGGAGGAAAUGGAUAAUAAUUUAUCUAAAAGUAUGUUGGAAUGUUUAAACAUUAGAGAAAGCUAUCUUUUUCAAAAUGACGCAUUUCGUAGUGCGAUAUAUAUGGAUCAUAGAUUCCAUUAUGAAAAUGGAAAAUAUCCUUUGGAAGAAGAUAAAAUAUUGGCCAGGGAACAUAUAUUUGCAACUUGGAAACAAUUGCAAGCUAUUGACCCUCAUGAAGAAAAUACAACUCUAGUUAUGCCUUCCACUAGUGAUUAUAAAAAAACAAAACUUGACCUUUACAUUGAGCGUGAUUGCAAGAAGGGACCUAUAUUUUAUGAAUUAUGUAAUAGCGAUAUCAAGCUAAAAAUAAAAUCGUUAUUAUACAACAAAAGAUUGCCAUCCUCACAAGAUAUUUUGCAAUAUUGGGUUUCAAGAAAACACCAAGAUGCAGAAUUAUUUAAAUUAUCUCAAAUAAUUCUUGCUGCUCCUUGCACCCAAAUCUCAGUUGAGAGAGCAUUUAGUGCAUUGGCACUAACUGUAACCUCUCUAAGGACAAGAUUAGACAAAGAUAUACUUGAUGAUAUUUUAAUUAUAUAGCUUAAUCGUACAUUGUUAAA